ACAGCGGUAUGAGCGAAGAAGUGGAACCUCCUCCGAAACGGUCUCGAAAUGCUAAUUCUGAGCUUGAAAAGAUAAAAAGACCUGACAAAGAAACCUUUUUAAGAGAAUUGAACAAUAUCAAUAAAGAAAUAUCAUCACUUUUGUCAGAUGCAAACAAUGAUUUCCUAAAAUGUCCUGAAAAAUUUCUUAGUGACACUGUAAGAAAUCUUGGCAAACUUAUUGGUUUUUACCGCAAUUUGUUUUGUAAGACUGAAGUGGAAACUAGAAAGGAACUUGAUGGAAAGAUUGGGCAACUUUGUGGUGACAAAGAAGUUCAAGAAUCUGCAGAACUSCUCAUGGAAAAAGAAGUAGAAUGGGAUGGGUUUUUAGAAGAUGUUGAUAAAAAGCUUAAUUAUGGAGAAGGAUUUGAAGAGGAGUUGACAGCUGGUGAUGCUGCUCCUUGUGAUUUAAUGCUGACUGAUGUGAGAAAUGAAAGCAAAUAUUCAUUGGGAGAAUUACUAGAGAAAGCUGCAACAUCGAAUAUUGUCCUCAUCUUAUUACGGCACUUUGCCUGACUACCAUGACGUGAUCAUGUUGCCAUGGUUGCUUCACAUCAAGAAGAAUUCAAGGCAGCAAAUGGUCACAUUGUAAUUGUCAGCUUUGGAAAUCUGUCAGGAGCAAAGAAAUGGCUUGAGCAAACACAAUGUCCUUUUCCCAUGUUCAUUGAUAACAAUCGYCAACUCUACAAAUCCCUUGGUCUUAAGCGG